GCGCUAGCGUGUCCUGCGCGCGAGUGCGGAGUGCGUGUUGUGAUGUGCCUUUUGGUUUUGGAAAUACGUUAACAAUAUGAGUCGUCGUUACGGUACGCCUUCAGUGUUCACCGCGCUAUGGGUGCUGUUCACCGUGCUUCUGCCCAGCGGCACGCAGAACGUCAACCCCAUAGGAUCAUUGCUGAACUUCUUACAUGAGGGCACAGAUCAGCUGAAUAGGGAACCGCCAGAUCAGCCCAAUCUGCUCUCCGAAUACGACUUCAUCAUCGUGGGCGCUGGCACGGCCGGCUGCGUCAUAGCGAACAGACUAUCAGAGAUACCAGACUGGAAAGUGCUACUGGUCGAAGCUGGUGUCAACGAAAACUUCAUCAUGGACAUCCCUGUCCUUGCCAACUACCUACAAUUCACGCAAGCUAACUGGAAAUAUAAAACGAAGCCAUCCAACAAGUACUGCGCCGGGUUCGAAAACAAACAAUGCAACUGGCCACGAGGAAAAGUCAUGGGAGGAUCAAGUGUCUUGAACUACAUGAUCUACACUAGAGGAAGUCAGCAAGACUAUGACGGCUGGAGAAAUAUGGGCAACGAUGGAUGGGGAUGGGACGAAGUAUUACCGUAUUUCAAGAAAAUAGAAAACUUCAACAUCCCCGCCCAUGAUGACCCUAAAUAUCACGGUCACAACGGUUACUUGAAUGUGGAACACGCUCCUUACCGUACUUCCAAAGGCAAAGCAUGGAUCAAAGGAGCUCAAGAACUAGGUUUCAAAUAUAACGACUAUAAUGGUGAGAAUCCAUCAGGCGCGUCCUUUUUACAACUUUCCAUGAAAAAUGGCACUAGACAUAGCUCAAAUAGAGCUUAUUUAUACCCAAUCAAUGGACGAAAAAACCUCCAUAUAACCAAAGCUAGUAUGGUAACUAAGCUAAUUUUUGAUGAAACCAAAACUAAAGUAAUAGGUGUAGAAUUAGAAAAACAUAGUAGAAAAUACAAAAUAUUAGCAACUAAUGAAGUUAUAUUAUCAGCAGGAGCUAUAAAUACUCCUCAAUUGCUCAUGCUUUCGGGAAUAGGUCCAAGAAGUCAUUUGGAGUCUAUGAAAAUCAAAGUGGUGAAAGACUUGCCCGUGGGAUAUAAUUUGAUGGACCACAUCGCAGCAGGUGGACUCCAGUUCGUAGUUAGACCACAGAAUUUCAGCUUGAACACUGAAUACAUUCUCAAUCACUUGGAUAUAGUAUUCAAAUGGAUGAAUACGCAUAAAGGGCCGCUCUCAGUACCGGGCGGCUGCGAGGCGCUUGUAUUUAUGGACUUGAAGGACAAGUUUAACAAAACGGCGUGGCCAGACAUGGAAUUACUUUUCAUUGGUUCAGGUCUAAACGGAGAUCCUAUGCUGCAAUAUAACUUUGGCUUUGACGAACGCAUUUACGCAGAAACAUUCGGUCCCAUGGGCAAAACUGAGUCUUUCAUGGUGUUCCCGAUGUUGAUGCGUCCUAAAUCUAAAGGGAGAGUGUUGUUACAAAGUAGGAAUCCCAAAGUCCACCCGACACUUAUACCGAAUUAUUUUGAGUAUAAGGAAGAUUUGCAGAAGAUCGUAGAAGGCAUGAAAGUAGCUAUAGACAUUGCUAGACAGCCAUCAAUGAGAAAACUUGGUGCAAAGCUGUAUGAUGUACCGAUAGCAGAUUGUUUAGAAUAUGGUCCUUUUGGUAGUGAUGAGUACUUUGCAUGUCACGCUCAGAUGUUUACCUUCACGAUUUACCACCAGAGUGGGACAUGUAAAAUGGGGGUAGAAAAUGAUCCAUCUUCGGUGGUGGAUUCUCGAUUACGAGUUCACGGGAUUGGUAAACUCCGGGUGAUAGAUGCUAGUAUAAUGCCUGAAAUCGUAUCAGCACAUACAAAUGCCCCAGUUUACAUGAUAGCAGAGAAGGGAUCGGAUAUGAUUAAACAGGAUUGGGGAAAAUUAUAACAGUAAUUAAGCUUUAACUUAUUUAAUAUUUAUGAUAUGAUAAUACCCUAUCUGUGAUGUGAUUUAGCAUUAUGUAGCAAAUAAAUGUAGAAUACGUAAAUUAAUAAUUAUGUCAAAAUAGAGAAAGUCCUUAUAUUUAUUAAAUGUAGCAAUUUCCCUGAGCAAUACAAUUGCGAAAAAUGUGUCAUGUUUACAAAAGACAACACAAAAUAUAAGAAACCCAGCUACUUAGAUGAUAUCUGAUAUUUUCUUAACAAUGAGUAAGAAAAAUUAAGAAUUCAAGCCUAAAUGAAAGUUACUAUACUACUUAGUUACCUAAUAUCUGUCAAGUACUCUUUGGUUACUCUAAGUUUUAAUUUAUUACAUAAUGCCAUAUUUUGAAAGUCUACCUUACAUUAUUUAAACGUUAGAGUACGAAUCUUACAGCUGGUUAGCAACUUCUUAAUACUCAUAGCACAAACUAUUAUAUAACUGAUAUAAUAGUGCAAUACAAUAUUUUGUAAAAGACAAAGA